UCAUCAGUUCAUGGUAGAACUCACUCCAGCAAGAGGACGUUUGUUAGGUUAUGUUCAAAUAAAAAAAUUGAAAUAAUGAUAAUAACACAAAUUAUAAUAUCAAUUUUAUUUUGAAUUUUUAUAUCACCAAUGAGAAUUUAAGAAUAGAAGAAUGAAACUGAAAAUUACUUUUGAAAUUUGCUGUAACUACUAACUUGUAUAUGUGAUAUGUCUAUGGUAACCAGUGUAACUUUCAAUUUUAAGUUAGACGUUGGUGAAGGUUUGUUAUUAAUAUUGCCUACUGAAAAACCAACAAUGGUCCAAAUUUGUUGUGUGUGCUACAAUACCAGAAAUAAUAAUAAUAAUGUUUCAUUUCAUUCAUUUCCAAAAGAUAUAUCUAAAAGAACCAUGUGGCUAAAUGCACUUAAUUUAACAUCGAUAUCAAAUUGGAAGAAAGUUUGUAGCGCACAUUUUAGCGCUAAUGAUUUUAUAUUUAGCAACAAUCGUAAUAUUCUCCGAUCAACUGCAGUACCAACCCGUAGUUUUAAAUUAUUGGAGGAACAUAGUUAUGCCGAUAAUGUAUCAAUUUAUAGUCCAUGUUUAAUGAUUUCUGAUGUAUAUGAUAGGUCACCAUCUACUUCUAAGACAAAAAGUUAUGAAAAUGUAAACGCUGAAACUUCCCGGCCAUCUCUGUUUAAUCUCUGGACAGAUUUAGAAGUGAUAACUCUACCAAAAAAAACUAGAAGGAUUUGGAGUUCCAAUCAAAUAGGGAAUUUAAGUGAUGAAGUUAGUAGCGCACAUUUUAGCGUUAAUGAUUUUAUAUUUAGCGACAAUCGUAAUAUUCUCCAAUCAACUGCAGUACCAACCAGUAAUUAUAAAUUAUUGGAGGAACAUAGUUAUGCUCGAGGUUAUGCUAAUGAUGCAUCAAUAAGUAGUCCGUGUUUAAUGAUUCCUGAUGUGUCACCAUCUAAUUCUAGGACAAAAAGUUAUGAAAAGGUAAAUGUUGUUGAAACUUCCCGGCCAUCUCUUUUUAAUCUCUGCACAGAUGUAGAUCUAGAAGUGAUAACUCCACCAAAAAAAACUAGAAGGAUUUGGAGUUCCAGUCGAAUAGGAGAUUUACGUGAUGAAGAUUUUUCAUCUCCCGAAAGAAGAAAAAAUAAUCUUUGUUUAAUAAGAAAUACUGUUAAAAAUAUUCGUCGAAAAAAUAAAAUAUUGAGUCAAAGAAACCAACGUCUCAAAAAAAAAGUUUCUUCGCUGUUGGAUAUAAUAAAUGAAUUAAAAAAUAAAUUGCUAAUUUCUGAGCAUGCUGCUUUAAAUUUGGAGAUCACGGAAGUCAAAACUGAAACUCAGAAGAGAAGGUUUGAAAGAAGCCACAAAAUUGACAUAUAGACAUAUUUUUUUCACAAUGAAAAAAAUAAAUGUCAGAUUAGCCCAGAGUUAUUCAGUGAUAGUGUCGGAGAUGCACUGCUUUAUAUGCAGACAGUUGAUGAUAAAUUUGAAGGGUGUAAGCAACUGCAGAAUUCAGCAAAAUAAUCAAUAACGCAUUUCAUAUUUUGAAUAGUAGAAAGUUACAUUCAAAAAAGCCAUACAAUAAUGCAAUUAAUAAUGAUCAUUUUGAAAAAUACCAACUUUUUACUAAGGAAUUUCAAAAAUAUAUAAAUGAUCUGAAAUUUGAAGAUAGAACAAAUAUUAUUGAUUCUAGCCAUAAAACAGGUUUCAAAUAUGCUCUUGACUUAUUCAAAUUGUUAAUUUCAAAAAAUCAUAUGACAAUUUUCUUAACAUACGAGAUUAGUCAGGAUCAUUUAGAAACUUUAUAGUGCAUCACGUAGUAAAGGAGGAUAUAACGACAAUCCAACAUGUCACCAAUUUCAGGCAGCGUUCAAGCGAUUAUUGGUGCACAAUAGUAUAGUGGGUUCAAUGAAUGGCAACUGUUUGAUCCUAGAUAAUACAAACAUAGAAUCUGUGAGUAAUAACAAAUAUAUUGAAAAUGAAAAAGAAUUAAAUUAAAAUUUUACAUGACAAACUGAAAGGCUUUACUCCCUCCAUCAUGAUUAUUUUGAAAAUGUACACCACUUGAAUCCUUACAUUGAAGAUAUGACGUGUGUGUAUAUUGUUGUAUUUGUUACUAAGAAAGCAAGUAAAAAAAUAUAAUGUAUAUCUUGUAAAUCCCAUUUAAUGGCAAUAACUCAAAGCAGCAGAUUAGCAAACGUUAAAGAUACAGGUGCUUCAAUAAAACCGAGUAUUGAUGUACAGACAAUUUUCAUAGAAACUGAGAAUAAAGUUAUGCUAUAAUCAAUAUAACAAAGACUAAAUCUUUCAUUUAAAUAAAGUAAAGAUUAACCUGUGUGUAGUAAAUUUUCAAUAUUUAACAAUAUGACUUGUGUGAAUUAUGAUAUUCACUCUUUAUUUGAUAAAACUCAUCAAUUUAAAAGCCACUGAGACCAAUCAAUCUAUCUCCUUUCCGAUACCUAUUACAAAAUAUAGAUUUUUCAUGAAGUAAGAAAAUACAAUGGAAAAUUAUCUUUAAGAACCAAGCUGGCAAAAAUGAUUCAUUUUAGAUACGAGUAAUGAAGUCUAAAAAAAAUUUUUUAGCUUAUUAAAAUUAAAAAUAAUAUGUUUUAAUAUUAAUAUUUCCUAUUAAGAUUUAAGAAUUAAGAUAAUAAAGAUAAUAAUAUUAUAAUUUAUUAAGCUGGUUGUACCUUGUUCUAUGCUUGCACAUUGUUUUGUUUCAUUUUUACAAAUUAAUGUGUAGUUUGUGUAGUAUUUUUGUUCAUAAUUCCUAAUUUAUUUCAUUUAUUUUUUUAUUUCUUUAACACAUGUAGUAUAAAUUAAGUCAUUAUCUUAUUAUAUUACCAUGAUUAUAAUUCAACAAUAUAAUAUCAUUGUACAUGAAAAACGAUUCUGAGCGAAGAUGGUCAGUCAGCCUAUGAUACACUACUAAGUACUAACUAUAUUUGAUGAUAUUGUAAUGAUAUAAAUGUUAUGAUAUACCAUUAUUUUAUUAGAUUAUAUUUAGAUUUAAGAAAAUUAACUAAAUAGUACUAUUACCAUCAGCUGUAUAUUCAAUUAUGAAUACAUUAUCCUAAAAUUAUAAUGACAUACGACACACACACAUGAAAGAGUAAUGCCGCAAUCUACAAUUCGAUCACGGUCAAAGGCGGCUUCCCACACCAUCAUCUAUAAAAACGCAUAAAACACACAAACGGAGCUCAGUCACUCGUUCCAUCACUUUCAACUAAAUUUUACAUUUUUAUAUCAUAUUUGUAUUCUUUCAAAAGUAAAAAAUAAACUAAUUAUAAUACCUUUUUGAUUAUUAAAAUAUUAUUUCAAUAUGCUUCUCCUUUCUAAUAUUUAGCAUUUAUCAAGUAAAAUCGUGCAAGAUAAUCCUGAAUUGCAAGUUCUACGAAAAGUUUCAAACAAAUUUAUACAACACUUCGCGUAUUGCUCAACCUAAAUUUAAACUAAUUGAAAAACUCUUGUACUCACCCCCUCCAUAAAGUAUCACAUUUAGUGAUAAUAUUUAGGUAAUGAGUAAAAGAUAUAUAACAUAAAAAUAAUAUUUAACUACAUUCUCAUGUAGAUGCAUUAAUAAUUCUAAAAUAUAACCUCAUCAUCUCAUAUUCUUUAACUAACCACUAUUCAUCACAUAUUCAUUUUAAAUCAUAUUUUUAACUUAUUACAGACUUCCGUCCAACUUCCAAGACUUUCCUUCAAAUUCCAUGUAUUUUGGCUAAAAUUAAAGACAUCCAACAGUUUUGUUUAAAUUGCAAGACUUCCCGCUAAAUUGAGACUUCCAUCCAACUUCUAAUAAUUUCAUUCUAAAUUCCAAGAUUUCCCUUCAAAUUCAGACUUCCAAAAUGUUCUUCUAAAAUUCAAGACUUCCCUCUAAAUUACAAGACUUCCCACUAAUUUUCAAGACUGGUUACCAUGUCGUUACCAGUCUAUAAUGGUGGUUAUGAAUACGUGUUUUACUUUGUUAUUACUAAUGAAAAUAAAGAUUUUGUUUUAGAAUUUUAUCUAUAGCCGGUUAUUAAUUUAUAACAAUUAACUAUAAUAAUAAUUGUAUCAUGUACCUAAAUACUUCUUUAAA